AGGAUGUUGGAGACGAAGGAGAAGAGGAAAAAGAGUUCAUUUCCUACAGUAUCAGCACUGACAUUCAUUAUGGAAUAAAAUCAAACAGCCUGGCAUUCAUUAAGCGUACGCCGGUGAUUGAUGCCGACAAACCAGUGUCUUCCCAGCUGAGAGUGCUCACUCUCAGUGAAGAUUCUCCCUAUGAGACAUUACGCUCUUUCAUUAGCAAUGCUGUGGCACCCUUUUUCAAGUCCUAUAUCAGAGAAUCUGGCAAAGCAGACAGGGAUGGAGAUAAGAUGGCCCCUUCAGUUGAGAAAAAGAUUGCGGAACUUGAAAUGGGCCUCUUGCAUCUGCAGCAGAAUAUUGAAAUUCCAGAGAUUAGUCUGCCAAUUCAUGCAACCAUUACUAACGUGGCCAAGCAGUGUUACGAACGUGGAGAAAAACCAAAGGUUACAGAUUUUGGUGAGAAGGCCGAGGAUCCAUUAUUCCUCAAUCAGCUACAAUCUGGAGUCAACCGCUGGAUUAGAGAGAUACAAAAGGUGACCAAAUUAGAUCGAGAUCCUGCAUCAGGCACUGCAUUACAGGAGAUCAGCUUCUGGUUAAAUUUGGAACGGGCUCUGUAUCGCAUUCAGGAAAAACGUGAAAGUCCAGAAGUUCUUCUGACUUUAGAUAUUCUGAAACAUGGCAAACGUUUUCAUGCAACUGUCAGCUUUGAUACAGACACAGGGCUAAAACAGGCUCUGGAAACAGUGAAUGACUAUAACCCACUGAUGAAAGACUUUCCACUGAAUGACUUGCUGUCUGCUACUGAGCUGGACAAAAUAAGGCAGGCCCUUGUUGCAAUAUUUACCCAUUUGAGGAAAAUCAGAAACACAAAAUACCCCAUCCAAAGGGCAUUGCGUUUGGUGGAGGCUAUUUCAAGAGAUCUGAGCUCUCAGCUCCUUAAAGUCUUGGGAACCAGAAAACUGAUGCAUGUUGCCUAUGAAGAAUUUGAAAAGGUGAUGGUUGCAUGCUUUGAAGUAUUCCAAACCUGGGAUGAUGAAUACGAGAAGCUACAAGUUCUGCUGAGAGAUAUUGUGAAAAGAAAAAGGGAGGAGAACCUGAAGAUGGUGUGGCGUAUCAAUCCUGCUCAUAGGAAACUCCAAGGUCGUCUUGAUCAAAUGAGGAAAUUCAGGCGUCAGCAUGAGCAGCUGAGGGCAGUUAUUGUGAGAGUCUUGCGACCUCAGGUAACUGCUGUUGCCCAGCAAAAUCAAGGAGAGGUGCCUGAACCACAGGAUAUGAAGGUAGCAGAAGUCCUUUUUGAUGCUGCGGAUGCUAAUGCGAUUGAAGAAGUCAAUCUGGCUUACGAGAAUGUUAAAGAAGUAGAUGGGUUAGAUGUUUCCAAAGAAGGUACAGAAGCCUGGGAGGCAGCAAUGAAACGGUACGAUGAAAGAAUUGAUAGAGUUGAAACAAGAAUAACUGCCCGUUUGAGAGACCAGCUUGGUACAGCAAAGAAUGCCAAUGAGAUGUUCCGAAUCUUCUCUCGGUUUAAUGCCUUGUUUGUCAGGCCUCACAUUCGCGGUGCCAUUCGUGAAUAUCAAACACAACUGAUCCAGCGUGUAAAAGAUGACAUUGAGUCUCUUCAUGACAAGUUUAAAGUACAGUACCCCCAGAGUCAAGCUUGUAAAAUGAGUCAUGUUCGUGACUUGCCUCCUGUGUCUGGGUCUAUAAUUUGGGCCAAACAGAUUGACAGGCAGCUCACCGCUUACAUGAAGCGUGUUGAGGAUGUCCUUGGCAAAGGCUGGGAGAACCACGUAGAAGGUCAGAAGCUAAAGCAGGAUGGAGAUAGCUUUCGCAUGAAGCUCAACACACAAGAGAUCUUUGAUGACUGGGCAAGAAAAGUUCAGCAACGCAAUCUCGGUGUGUCUGGUCGUAUUUUCACCAUUGAAAGCACUCGUGUUAGAGGUCGAACAGGAAAUGUCCUGAAACUGAAAGUCAACUUCCUCCCAGAAAUAAUUACACUUUCAAAAGAAGUCCGAAACCUGAAGUGGCUUGGUUUCCGUGUUCCACUAGCAAUUGUCAACAAAGCUCACCAAGCAAACCAGCUCUAUCCGUUUGCUAUUUCGCUCAUCGAAAGCGUCCGUACAUAUGAACGAACGUGUGAGAAAGUAGAAGAGCGUAAUACUAUCUCACUUCUGGUUGCUGGCCUGAAGAAAGAGGUUCAGGCUUUGAUUGCAGAAGGAAUCGCACUCGUGUGGGAAUCGUACAAACUUGAUCCGUAUGUACAGCGCCUGGCUGAGACUGUCUUCAGUUUCCAGGAAAAGGUGGAUGAUCUGCUCAUUAUCGAAGAGAAAAUAGACCUGGAAGUGAGAUCGUUGGAAACAUGCAUGUAUGACCACAAGACUUUCUCCGAAAUCUUGAACAGGGUUCAGAAAGCUGUGGAUGACUUAAAUCUUCAUUCAUAUUCAAAUUUGCCAAUCUGGGUCAAUAAGUUGGAUAUGGAGAUUGAAAGAAUCCUGGGGGUUCGUUUGCAAGCUGGACUGAGGGCCUGGACCCAAGUUCUUCUUGGACAAGCAGAUGACAAAGCAGAAGUUGACAUGGAUACAGACGCUCCUCAAGUUAGCCAUAAGCCUGGUGGUGAACCCAAGAUCAAGAACAUUGUACAUGAACUAAGAAUAACCAACCAGGUGAUAUACUUGAAUCCACCAAUUGAAGAGUGUAGAUACAAACUUUAUCAAGAAAUGUUUUCUUGGAAGAUGGUAAUCCUGUCACUACCAAGAAUUCAAAGUCAGAGAUAUCAGGUUGGAGUGCAUUAUGAGCUGUCUGAGGAAGAGAAAUUCUAUCGUAAUGCAUUGACAAGGAUGCCUGAUGGUCCUGCGGCUCUGGAGGAAUCAUACUCUGCUGUCAUGGGAAUUGUGACCGAAGUGGAACAGUAUGUCAAGGUUUGGCUGCAGUAUCAGUGUCUGUGGGAUAUGCAGGCUGAAAACAUAUACAACCGUCUUGGAGAAGACCUGAACAAGUGGCAAGCCCUUUUAGUUCAGAUAAGAAAGGCAAGAGGAACGUUUGACAAUGCAGAAACCAGAAAGGAGUUUGGACCUGUUGUCAUAGACUAUGGCAAGGUACAAUCAAAGGUGAACUUGAAGUAUGACUCCUGGCACAAGGAAGUGCUUAGCAAAUUUGGCCAAAUGCUUGGUCAGAAUAUGACAGAGUUUCAUUCUCAAAUUUCUAAGUCCCGUCAAGAACUGGAGCAGCAUUCAGUGGACACUGCCAGCACAUCAGAUGCAGUGACGUUCAUCACGUACGUGCAGUCCUUGAAACGUAAAAUCAAGCAGUUUGAAAAACAAGUUGAGCUUUAUCGUAAUGGUCAGCGCUUGCUUGAGAAACAGAGGUUCCAGUUUCCAUCCUCUUGGUUGUACAUUGACAACAUUGAAGGAGAAUGGGGUGCCUUUAAUGACAUCAUGCGUAGAAAGGAUUCUGCCAUUCAACAACAAGUAGCAAAUCUGCAGAUGAAGAUAGUUCAAGAGGAUCGUGCAGUGGAGAGCCGAACAACUGACUUGCUGACAGACUGGGAGAAAACAAAGCCUGUAACAGGAAACCUGCGCCCAGAAGAGGCUCUUCAAGCUCUUACCAUCUAUGAAGGAAAGUUCGGUAGGCUGAAGGAUGAUCGUGAGAAAUGCGCAAAGGCCAAGGAAGCUCUGGAACUAACAGAUACGGGACUGCUCAGUGGCAGCGAAGAGCGUGUCCAGGUAGCCCUUGAAGAGUUGCAGGAUCUCAAAGGCGUCUGGUCGGAACUCUCUAAGGUCUGGGAACAGAUUGAUCAAAUGAAAGAACAGCCCUGGGUUUCAGUGCAGCCUCGCAAGCUUCGACAAAACUUAGAUGGUUUGCUGAACCAACUGAAAAACUUCCCUGCCCGCUUGCGACAGUAUGCCUCCUAUGAGUACGUGCAGAGACUUCUGAAGGGCUACAUGAAGAUAAACAUGUUAGUUAUUGAACUGAAAUCCGAGGCGCUUAAAGAUCGUCACUGGAAACAGCUGAUGAAAAGGCUCCAUGUUAACUGGGUUGUCUCAGAAUUGACCCUGGGUCAGAUCUGGGAUGUGGAUUUACAGAGAAAUGAAGCAAUCGUCAAAGAUGUUCUGCUUGUGGCUCAGGGAGAGAUGGCUUUGGAAGAGUUCUUGAAACAGAUAAGAGAGGUGUGGAACACCUAUGAGCUGGACUUGGUCAAUUAUCAGAACAAAUGUCGUUUGAUUCGUGGGUGGGAUGACCUUUUCAACAAAGUAAAAGAGCACAUUAACAGCGUGUCUGCUAUGAAGCUGUCACCCUACUACAAGGUGUUUGAGGAAGAUGCCCUUAGCUGGGAAGAUAAGCUGAACCGUAUCAUGGCACUCUUUGAUGUCUGGAUAGAUGUCCAAAGGCGGUGGGUCUACCUGGAGGGUAUCUUUACUGGUAGCGCAGACAUCAAGCACUUGCUGCCUGUGGAGACUCAGCGGUUCCAAAGCAUCAGCACUGAAUUUUUGGCACUCAUGAAAAAGGUGUCCAAAUCUCCUCUUGUGAUGGAUGUUCUUAACAUUCAGGGUGUGCAGAGGUCAUUAGAGAGACUGGCAGACUUGCUUGGGAAGAUACAGAAGGCACUGGGAGAAUACUUGGAAAGGGAGAGGUCCUCUUUCCCACGGUUUUAUUUUGUUGGUGAUGAAGACUUGCUGGAAAUCAUUGGAAACAGCAAAAACGUUGCUAAGCUUCAGAAACACUUCAAGAAGAUGUUUGCUGGUGUUUCUAGUAUUAUUCUCAAUGAAGAUAAUUCUGUGGUUCUUGGGAUAUCCUCACGUGAAGGAGAGGAGGUGCUGUUCAAAACACCUGUCUCCAUCACAGAACAUCCCAAGAUCAAUGAGUGGCUCACUCUUGUUGAAAAAGAAAUGAGAGUGACCCUUGCUAAAUUGCUUGCAGAAUCUGUUACUGAAGUAGAAAUCUUUGGAAAAGCGACUUCAAUUGAUCCAGCAGUCUACAUCUCUUGGAUCGACAAAUACCAGGCGCAGCUUGUUGUCCUGUCAGCCCAGAUUGCGUGGUCUGAGAACGUCGAGUCAGCCCUCAAUGGUGGUACGGGUGGAGUUGGAGACAACAGUCCUCUCCAGUCUGUGCUAGCUAACGUUGAGGUCACACUCAAUGUCCUGGCAGACUCUGUGCUGAUGGAGCAGCCACCUCUUCGCAGAAGGAAACUGGAGCACUUGAUCACCGAGUUGGUGCACCAGAGAGAUGUUACAAGAUCACUGAUCAAAAGCAAGAUUGACAACUCCAAAUCCUUUGAGUGGCUCAGCCAAAUGCGGUUCUACUUCGACCCAAAGCAGACAGAUGUGUUGCAACAGCUGUCCAUUCAGAUGGCAAAUGCCAAAUUCAACUACGGUUUUGAGUACCUUGGUGUUCAGGAUAAACUUGUACAGACUCCUCUUACUGACCGCUGUUACCUGACAAUGACACAAGCCCUGGAGGCGAGACUUGGAGGAUCACCAUUUGGUCCUGCUGGUACUGGUAAAACAGAAUCUGUUAAGGCUCUUGGACAUCAACUUGGCCGCUUUGUGUUGGUUUUCAACUGUGAUGAAACGUUUGACUUCCAGGCAAUGGGACGCAUCUUUGUGGGACUUUGCCAAGUGGGUGCUUGGGGCUGCUUUGACGAGUUCAACAGACUGGAGGAGCGUAUGCUCUCUGCUGUUUCACAGCAAGUUCAGUGCAUCCAGGAAGCCUUGCGAGAGCAUUCCAACCCCAACUAUGACAAGACUGCAACACCUAUUACUUGUGAGCUGCUGAACAAACAAGUCAAAGUGAGCCCUGACAUGGCAAUAUUCAUCACUAUGAAUCCUGGCUAUGCAGGCAGAUCAAAUCUGCCUGACAAUUUGAAGAAGUUGUUCCGUAGCUUGGCAAUGACAAAACCAGACCGUCAGUUGAUUGCCCAGGUCAUGUUGUACUCCCAAGGUUUCCGUACGGCUGAAGUGCUUGCCAAUAAGAUAGUACCAUUCUUCAAGCUUUGUGAUGAACAACUGUCUUCCCAAAGUCAUUAUGAUUUUGGCUUGAGAGCACUGAAGAGUGUGCUGGUUAGUGCAGGUAAUGUGAAGAGGGAGAGGAUUCAGAAGAUAAAGCGGGAGAAAGAAGAGCGUGGUGAAGUUGUCGAUGAGGGAGAAAUUGCUGAGAACUUACCAGAACAAGAGAUCCUGAUCCAAAGUGUAUGUGAAACUAUGGUACCAAAACUGGUUGCAGAAGACAUCCCAUUGUUGUUCAGUCUCCUUUCUGAUGUAUUCCCUGGAGUGCAGUAUCAUCGUGGGGAGAUGACAGCCUUGCGAGAGGAGCUGAGGAAAGUGUGUCAGGAAAUGUACCUUACCUAUGGUGAUGGAGAGGAAGUUGGUGGCAUGUGGGUUGAAAAGGUUCUUCAGCUGUAUCAGAUUACACAGAUAAAUCAUGGACUGAUGAUGGUUGGUCCCUCUGGAAGUGGAAAGAGCAUGGCUUGGAGAGUACUUCUGAAAGCCCUCGAACGGCUGGAAGGUGUGGAAGGUGUUGCUCAUAUUAUAGAUCCAAAAGCAAUCAGCAAAGAUCACCUCUAUGGUACUUUGGAUCCGAACACCAGAGAAUGGACAGAUGGCUUGUUUACACAUGUCCUGAGAAAAAUCAUAGACAAUGUGAGAGGUGAGCUACAGAAACGUCAGUGGAUUAUCUUUGAUGGUGAUGUAGACCCUGAAUGGGUUGAGAACUUAAACUCUGUUUUGGAUGACAACAAACUACUGACUCUGCCAAAUGGAGAACGUCUCAGCCUUCCACCAAAUGUGCGUAUCAUGUUUGAGGUACAGGAUCUGAAAUACGCCACUCUGGCUACUGUGUCAAGGUGUGGCAUGGUCUGGUUCAGUGAGGAUGUUCUCAGUACAGACAUGAUAUUCAAUAACUUCCUGGCCAGACUAAGAAGUAUUCCUCUGGAUGAAGGUGAGGAGGAAGCUCAAAGAAGGCGAAAGGGUAAAGAAGAUGAAGGAGAAGAAGCAGCGUCCCCAAUGUUGCAGAUUCAGAGAGAUGCUGCAACAAUAAUGCAGCCGUAUUUCACAUCUAAUGGCCUGGUUACUAAAGCGCUUGAACAUGCUUUCAAGUUGGAGCAUAUUAUGGAUCUCACCCGCUUGCGCUGUCUUGGUUCUCUGUUCUCGAUGUUGCAUCAAGCUUGCCGCAACGUAGCCCAGUACAAUGCGAAUCAUCCAGACUUCCCGAUGCAGAUAGAUCAACUAGAGCGUUACAUCCAGAGGUACCUGGUCUAUGCAAUACUGUGGUCUCUUUCUGGAGACAGUCGUUUGAAAAUGAGAGCGGAGCUGGGAGAAUACAUCAGGAGAAUCACCACUGUGCCGCUGCCAACUGCACCAAACAUACCUAUAAUUGACUAUGAGGUGUCCAUUACAGGUGAAUGGGUGCCGUGGCAAUCCAAGGUUCCUCAAAUUGAAGUUGAAACACACAAAGUUGCAGCUCCUGAUGUUGUAGUACCAACCCUAGAUACAGUUCGCCAUGAGGCGCUGUUGUAUACUUGGCUGGCGGAGCACAAACCUCUGGUACUGUGUGGCCCACCAGGCUCUGGAAAGACCAUGACCCUCUUCAGUGCUCUCAGAGCUCUGCCUGACAUGGAGGUGGUCGGACUCAACUUUUCUAGUGCUACCACUCCAGAACUGCUCUUGAAAACUUUUGAUCACUACUGCGAAUACAGGCGCACACCUAAUGGGGUGGUGCUGGCUCCUGUACAGUUAGGAAAGUGGCUGGUGCUGUUCUGUGAUGAAAUCAACUUGCCGGAUAUGGAUAAGUAUGGCACACAGAGAGUCAUCUCCUUCAUUCGACAGAUGGUGGAACAUGGAGGGUUCUAUCGUACAUCAGACCAGACAUGGGUGAAACUGGAGAGAAUUCAGUUUGUUGGUGCAUGUAAUCCACCUACUGAUCCUGGAAGAAAACCCCUCUCACAUAGAUUUUUGCGACAUGUUCCUGUGGUUUAUGUGGACUACCCAGGACCAGCUUCACUGACUCAGAUAUACGGAACAUUCAAUCGUGCGAUGCUAAGGCUGAUCCCAUCACUUCGCACGUAUGCAGAACCUCUCACAGCUGCUAUGGUAGAGUUCUACACAAUGUCUCAGGAGAGGUUCACUCAAGACACUCAGCCACACUACAUCUAUUCACCUCGUGAAAUGACUCGAUGGGUGAGAGGCAUAUUCGAAGCAUUACGACCACUGGAAACUUUACCGGUUGAAGGCCUUAUCAGGAUUUGGGCCCAUGAGGCCUUACGUCUCUUCCAAGACAGACUUGUAGAAGAUGAGGAGAGACGCUGGACUGAUGAGAACAUUGAUAUGGUUGCUCUGAAACACUUCCCCAAUAUUGACAAAGAAAAAGCUAUGAGCAGACCUAUCUUAUACAGCAACUGGCUGUCGAAGGAUUAUAUUCCAGUGGAUCAAGAAGAAUUAAGAGACUAUGUGAAAGCUAGGCUUAAAGUCUUUUAUGAAGAAGAGCUUGAUGUACCACUUGUUCUGUUCAAUGAAGUCUUGGAUCAUGUGUUAAGAAUUGACCGUAUCUUCCGUCAGCCACAAGGCCACUUGCUGCUUAUUGGAGUCAGUGGAGCAGGGAAGACAACUCUCUCAAGAUUUGUUGCCUGGAUGAACGGUUUGAGUGUCUACCAAAUUAAGGUUCACAGAAAAUAUACAGGUGAAGAUUUUGAUGAAGACCUUAGGACAGUAUUGAGACGUUCCGGCUGUAAAAAUGAAAAAAUAGCUUUCAUAAUGGAUGAGUCAAACGUAUUGGAUUCUGGAUUCCUGGAGAGAAUGAACACUCUCCUAGCCAAUGGAGAGGUUCCUGGUCUCUUUGAAGGAGAUGAAUAUGCCACCCUCAUGACUCAGUGUAAAGAAGGGGCACAGAAAGAAGGUUUAAUGUUAGAUUCACAUGAGGAGCUCUACAAAUGGUUCACCAGCCAAGUUAUUCGCAAUCUCCAUGUUGUGUUCACUAUGAAUCCAUCUUCUGAGGGCCUGAAGGACAGGGCAGCAACCUCUCCUGCGCUCUUCAACAGAUGUGUCUUGAACUGGUUUGGAGACUGGUCAACUGAGGCAUUGUACCAAGUUGGCAAAGAGUUCACAAGCAAAAUGGAUCUUGAGAAACCAAAUUAUAUCGUGCCCGAUUACAUGCCAGUUGUGUAUGAUAAGCUACCACAGCCACCAUCACACAGGGAAGCUAUUGUUAAUAGCUGUGUGUUCGUUCAUCAGACUCUUCAUCAGGCUAAUGCUCGUCUGGCAAAACGAGGAGGCAGAACCAUGGCAAUAACACCACGCCACUACUUAGACUUCAUCAACCAUUACGCCAACUUGUUCAAUGAGAAACGAAGUGAAUUGGAGGAACAACAAAUGCAUUUGAAUGUUGGUCUCAGAAAAAUCAAGGAAACAGUUGAUCAGGAAGCUGAGAAGAAAAAGGUCAUGAGCCAGGAGAUUCAGGAACAGCUGCACAAGCAGCAGGAGGUCAUUGCAGACAAGCAGAUGAGUGUGAAGGAAGAUCUUGACAAGGUGGAGCCUGCUGUCAUUGAAGCUCAGAAUGCUGUGAAGUCAAUCAAGAAGCAGCACCUGGUCGAGGUCCGUUCUAUGGCUAAUCCACCUGCAGCAGUUAAGCUAGCGCUGGAGUCCAUCUGCCUCCUGCUAGGUGAAAGUACGACAGACUGGAAACAAAUACGUUCCAUCAUCAUGAGAGAGAACUUCAUUCCAACCAUUGUUAACUUCUCUGCUGAGGAAAUCAGCGAUGCCAUCCGGGAGAAAAUGAAGAAAAACUACCUGUCAAAUCCAAGUUACAACUAUGAAAUUGUAAACAGAGCAUCACUGGCCUGUGGACCGAUGGUGAAAUGGGCAAUUGCACAGUUGAACUAUGCUGAUAUGUUGAAAAGAGUGGAACCUCUGCGCAACGAACUGCAGAAACUGGAGGAUGACGCCAAAGACAAUCAACAGAAAGCAAAUGAAGUGGAGCAGAUGAUUCGUGAUCUUGAGGCCAGUAUUGCCCGUUACAAAGAAGAGUAUGCGGUGCUGAUUUCGGAGGCUCAAGCUAUCAAGGCAGACUUGGCUGCUGUGGAAGCAAAAGUAAACCGUAGCACAGCUCUUCUGAAGAGUCUUUCUGCUGAACGUGAGAGAUGGGAGAAGACAAGUGAAACUUUCAAGAACCAAAUGUCCACUAUUGCAGGAGACUGCUUACUUUCAGGAGCUUUUAUUGCCUAUGCCGGCUACUUUGAUCAGCAGAUGCGUCAGAAUCUGUUUACUACAUGGUCUCACCAUCUGCAGCAAGCAAAUAUCCAGUUCCGCACAGACAUUGCAAGGACAGAGUACCUUUCCAACGCAGAUGAGCGGCUUCGCUGGCAAGCAAGUUCUCUCCCUGCAGAUGAUCUGUGCACUGAGAAUGCCAUCAUGCUCAAGCGUUUCAAUAGGUAUCCACUGAUCAUUGAUCCCUCCGGACAAGCUACAGAGUUUAUCAUGAAUGAAUAUAAAGACCGUAAAAUAACUCGUACGAGUUUCUUGGAUGAUGCUUUCAGGAAGAACUUGGAAAGUGCCUUGAGAUUUGGUAACCCACUUCUAGUCCAGGAUGUGGAGAGCUAUGAUCCAGUUCUGAAUCCUGUUCUGAAUCGUGAAGUCCGGAGAACUGGAGGCAGAGUUCUGAUUACUCUGGGAGACCAAGAUAUUGAUUUAUCACCAUCCUUUGUUAUCUUCCUCUCCACCAGAGAUCCAACAGUUGAAUUCCCACCAGACCUCUGCUCUCGUGUUACGUUUGUGAACUUCACGGUAACUCGCAGCAGCUUACAGAGCCAGUGUCUGAAUGAAGUUCUGAAAGCUGAAAGACCAGAUGUUGAUGAAAAACGCUCUGACCUCCUCAAGCUUCAGGGUGAAUUUCAGCUGCGUUUGCGACAGUUAGAAAAAUCCCUACUACAAGCGCUUAAUGAAGUGAAGGGACGUAUCCUGGAUGAUGACACCAUCAUUACUACUCUUGAGAACCUAAAGAGGGAAGCAGCAGAGGUCACCAGAAAAGUAGAAGAGACUGAUAUUGUCAUGCAAGAAGUGGAGACUGUUUCUCAGCAGUACUUGCCUCUUUCUACAGCGUGCAGCAGUAUCUACUUUACUAUGGAGUCCCUGAAACAGAUACAUUUCCUGUACCAAUACUCUCUCCAGUUUUUCUUGGACAUCUAUCACAAUGUCUUGUAUGAGAACCCAAAUCUGAAGGGAAUUACAGACCAUACUCAUCGCCUCUCAAUCAUCACAAAGGAUCUCUUUCAGGUGGCUUUCAACAGGGUGGCACGUGGCAUGCUGCAUCAAGAUCAUAUAACAUUUGCUAUGUUGUUGGCCCGGAUUAAACUGAAAGGCACUAUUGGGGAACCUACAUAUGAUGCAGAAUUCCAGCACUUCUUGAGAGGGAAGGAGAUUGUACUGAACACUGCAUCUCUCCCAAAAAUCAAUGGUUUGACUGUAGAGCAAACAGAAGCAAUGAUGAGGUUGAGCUGCCUUCCUGCAUUUAAGGACCUUGUUUCAAAAGUUCAAGCUGAUGAGCAAUUCUGUAUCUGGCUGGAUAGCAGUUCGCCAGAGCAGACUGUACCGUACCUUUGGACUGAAGAGAAACCCGCAACUCCUAUUGGACAGGCCAUUCAUCGUUUGCUUCUGAUCCAGGCCUUCCGUCCAGAUCGUUUGUUGGCAAUGGCACAUACCUUUGUUUCAACAAAUCUUGGAGAGUCCUUCAUGUCCAUUAUGGAGCAGCCUUUAGAUCUGACACACAUCGUAGAUACAGAGGUGAAACCCAAUACUCCUGUGCUGAUGUGUUCAGUACCUGGUUACGAUGCCAGUGGUCAUGUUGAAGACCUUGCAGCUGAGCAGAACACACAGAUCACUUCUAUUGCCAUUGGUUCUGCUGAAGGGUUUAACCAAGCAGAUAAAGCAAUAAACACAGCAGUGAAAUCUGGAAGAUGGGUGAUGCUCAAGAAUGUUCACCUGGCUCCUGGCUGGCUCAUGCAGCUAGAAAAGAAGCUACAUUCCCUACAACCUCAUGCUUGCUUCAGACUCUUCCUUACCAUGGAGAUUAAUCCAAAGGUGCCAGUGAACCUGUUACGUGCCGGACGAAUCUUUGUGUUUGAACCUCCUCCUGGUGUAAAGGCAAACAUGCUGAGGACUUUCAGUAGCAUUCCAGUUUCUAGAAUGUGCAAGUCUCCAAAUGAGCGUGCUCGUUUGUAUUUCCUACUCGCCUGGUUCCAUGCCAUUAUCCAAGAGCGCUUGCGCUAUGCUCCAUUGGGUUGGUCCAAGAAGUAUGAGUUUGGAGAAUCUGAUCUGAGAUCUGCCUGUGACACAGUAGAUACAUGGUUGGAUGAUACAGCAAAGGGUCGUCAAAACAUUUCGCCUGAUAAAAUCCCCUGGUCUGCAUUAAAGACACUGAUGGCACAGUCUAUCUAUGGAGGUCGUAUCGAUAAUGAAUUUGAUCAACGCUUGUUAAACACUUUCUUGGAACGUCUGUUCACUACUUUAAGUUUUGAUAGUGAAUUCAAACUGGCUUGCAAAGUUGAUGGACACAAAGAUAUUCAGAUGCCGGAUGGAAUCAGGCGCGAAGAAUUUGUCCAGUGGGUUGAGAUGCUGCCAGAUACGCAAACGCCAUCGUGGCUGGGCCUGCCAAAUAACGCAGAGAAAGUUCUUCUCACCACACAAGGCAUAGAUAUGAUCAGUAAAAUGCUGAAAAUGCAGAUGCUAGAGGAUGAGGAUGAUCUAGCUUAUGCAGAAACUGAGAAGAAGACAAGAACUGAUUCUACAUCGGAUGGUCGCCCGGCCUGGAUGAGAACACUGCAUACCACAGCCUCUAACUGGCUUCACCUUAUCCCACAAACUCUAAACCAUCUGAAGCGCACUGUGGAAAACAUUAAGGAUCCUUUGUUCCGAUUCUUUGAAAGAGAGGUGAAAAUGGGAGCUAAGCUGCUUCAGGAUGUUCGUCAGGACCUUGCAGAUGUGGUUCAAGUGUGUGAAGGAAAAAAGAAACAAACCAACUAUUUGCGUACGCUUAUAAAUGAACUGGUGAAAGGUAUUUUGCCUCGUAGCUGGUCUCAUUACACCGUGCCAGCUGGCAUGACUGUUAUUCAGUGGGUGUCCGACUUCAGUGAGCGCAUUAAACAGCUGCAGAAUAUUUCCCAGGCAGCCGCUUCUGGUGGAGCAAAAGAACUAAAGAACAUCCACGUGUGCCUUGGUGGCCUGUUCGUACCAGAGGCGUACAUUACCGCUACAAGACAAUAUGUUGCCCAAGCAAACAGUUGGUCCCUUGAAGAACUCUGCCUGGAGGUCAAUGUGACAACCACACAGAACGCAGUGCUGGACGCCUGCAGUUUUGGAGUCACAGGCCUGAAGCUUCAGGGAGCUACGUGCAGUAACAACAAGCUGUCGCUUUCAAAUGCUAUUUCAACUGUACUGCCCAUUACACAGCUUCGCUGGAUCAAGCAGACAAAUGCUGAUAAAAAAGCAAAUGUUGUUACUUUACCAGUUUAUCUGAACUUCACUCGUGCUGAUCUGAUUUUCACGGUUGACUUUGAAAUAGCUACCAAGGAAGAUCCCCGUAGCUUCUAUGAACGUGGUGUUGCGGUUCUCUGCACGGAGUGAAAAGAUUUGUUUUGACUGGUUAAUUCUGUAGUAAUUGUCAGUCUUCUAUGUAGCAGUUACCUGUACUUUUGUAACCUGGUUAGGUUGUCAGAUGGAUUUGUGCUAAGUUGACUAGAAAGAAAGGAGGCAGUACAUUGGAGAGCUGGUAGGCUAGAUGUCUUCGAAGGAAAGUUGGAUGGGAUUUUUUUUACACGGUUUGUUGGUAGAUGUGGUAUUCAGUGGAUCAUGUCAUAUGAAAUAAAAUGUGUAGCAA